GUGGUGGAAAAAAGUUCUCAGUUAUUUUCAUGCCAGAAGUAACGCUUCAGUCGUUCCUCCACGAUUGUGUUUAAGCCGUUUGAAGACAUCAAAGGGACCAGUAACUCUUAAGGAUGGGGACUAAACCAGGCCCAGUUCAGAUCGUCACAGUGUGUAAGGAGGAACACUCCUUUGCGCUGGACACGGAGGCUCUGGCCCAGGUUCUGUUGGCCCCCGAGGUCAGAGACAAAAAUGUGGUGGUCCUGUCAGUGGCUGGAGCCUUCAGAAAGGGCAAGAGCUUCCUGCUUGACUUCAUGCUCCGCUACAUGUACAGAAAGGGUGAUGAAAACUGGCUCGGUGAAGAUGACGAGGAGCUGGCUGGAUUUUCUUGGAGAGGCGGUUCUGAACCAGAGACAACAGGCAUCCAGCUGUGGAGUGAAGUUUUCCCCAUCCAAAAGAGCGAUGGAACAGAGGUGGCAGUGGUGUUGAUGGACACUCAGGGAGCCUUUGAUAACCAGUCCACCGUGAAGGACUGUGCCACCAUCUUCGCCCUCAGCACCAUGACCAGUUCAAUACAGAUCUACAAUCUGUCACAGAACGUACAAGAGGACGAUCUGCAGCAGCUACAGCUGUUCACGGAGUACGGUCGUCUUGCCAUGGAUGAGAUCUUUCAGAAGCCCUUCCAGUCCUUAAUGUUCCUAAUCAGGGACUGGAGCUUUCCCUAUGAAUAUUCCUACGGGUUUAAAGGAGGCAAUGAAUUCCUGGAUAAACGGUUACAGGUGAAUGAGACCCAGCACGAGGAGCUGCAAACAGUGAGGGAUCACAUCCAUUCAUGCUUCAGCAGCAUUUCCUGCUUCUUGUUACCUCACCCUGGGUUGAAGGUUGCCACCAGCCCUGAAUUUAAGGGACAGCUUAAUGCUGUUGCCCCGGAGUUCAAAGAGGAGCUGAAGAAACUGAUCCCUAAACUGCUGCAUCCCGAUCGUCUGUGUGAGAAGGAAAUAAAUGGAAACAAAGUCACUUGCAGGGGCCUGCUCGAGUUCUUCAAGGCUUACAUCAAGAUCUACCAGGGAGAAGAUUUGCCACAGCCAAAGACUAUGCUCAUGGCUACAGCAGAGGCCAAUAAUCUGGCAGCUGUGGCUACAGCCAAAGAUCAGUACAGCAAGAACAUGGAGAGGGUGUGCGGGGGAGACUUGCCCUAUGUGGCUCCGGACUCUCUGGAGGAAAAGCAUCACUUUUACUUCCGAGAGGCUCUUCAUAACUUCUCCAAGACCAAGAAGAUGGGCGGACAAGAGUUCUGCGACCGUUACCAAGCAGAGCUGGAACAAGAGCUGGCGGAAAUGUGGCAGUCACUCGGCAAGCACAAUGCGGCAAAAAACCUCUUCAGCGCCUUCCGGACACCUGCAGUGCUGUUUGUCCUGGUGUGCCUUCUCUACGUGCUGUCGGGUGUGUUGUUCUUCGUUGGCCUGUCUACCUUCGCCUUGGUGUGUGACUGUACUCUGGGUGUGGUCAUGAUGUCCAUGCUGACGUGGGCCUUCAUCCGCUACUCUGGUCGGUACCGGACUGUAGGAGGAGCCAUUGACCAGGCCGCAGGUGUCGUCCUGGACCAGGCCACCGUGGUGUUGAACAAGUCGAGAGGUACGGCCACCGGUGACCAGAAGAAAUCCAGAUAAAGGACCUCUGGACCUUCGUAAUCUCGACGCAAUGCUACCAGCACACCACACAAGCACACAUUCAGCACUAAAGCCUUAUUAUGCCUCCCAUUGGAACAAACAUGCAGCUCAACCAGAUUGCCACAAGGAACAAAACAUGAUGCCAAUCCACCAGCAUCUUUAUUAUGCACGUUACUCUGCCUGUCUACGUCCAGGCUUAUGUAAAGGUGACUGGAGUCACUGAGGCAGGGAGUUAAAUCAUUCCAAUCCCUCUUAUUGAUACUACAGGUCUUAAAUUGACACUGCCAUCAUUUUACAAGUUUACAAUUGGUCUUAAUGGACAUGUCGAUGUUUACCGUUAAACUUAUAAAACACAUUCUUGGGGAAGUCAGGGUGAUUAUCAAAGAAAGCUUCUGCGGUAUAUCUUGUUACCUUAAAAAAAAAUGCUGCCUUUAAAGCUUAUACAUUUAUACAUAUCACUUUGUGGCUAUAUUUUUUUACUUUGCGGCCUUAAAACAUUCCAUUCUGUUUGUGGAUUUGCUUUAUAUUUGAUAUAAACUAGCAUUUCUACUUUGAAAGGAGAAGAAGAGACACACUUUCUAUAUAGCACAGUAGAUUUUGGAAGUUGCAUAUAAUGGGAGUUCAGUUAAAUCUCAUUUGUUUCAAUUGCUUUGCUGGUUAUUCCUUAAUGGAACAUGUUACACUUUAUAGAUUUUGAUACUAUAUUCUAGACUCUUCUGGCAGAAUUAUAUAUAUAUAUAGGAACUUGUAUUCUGGACAUUUUCCCUCUCCAAAGAUAAGACAUUAUUGGAAUACUCAAAGGUGUUGAACGCACAAUAUAAUAAAACUAGCGACCAGUCAGCCAAAGAGUUUGCUUUUAAUAUUUGAUUUAAACUUUAACCGUGUACUCAGUGGCUACAAUGAACUCAGUGAAAAAACACUUUUCCAAUCAAACAUAGCAAGUGUUGAAGAAACAUGGAACAAAUAACAAGCAGGAUUUUUUUAUACAGUAUAAGAAUAAGAAGUAAUAAUCAGUAGAAACAUAUAGAAAAUGUGACAAUUUGUCAGUUGACUGCCGCACGUUGUCAAAAAUCCUUAAGAUGUUCUCAGAAUGAACACAGCAUUGGAUUAAAGGAUCCUGGUUAUUUGAAACUAUGCCCUACAUGUCUGAACAUGAGAGGUGGAUUCUUUCAGAAACAUUCAAUUGGAGACGUGGAAUGCAAGCAUCUAGUCUUGUAUAAUAGGUCUUUCAAAUGCCACAAGAUUGUAAAACCUGAGAGCAAAAGUAGGAUAAUAUAGUCCGUAAUGAUUCUGCAUUGUGUACUUCAACAACUAACCAUAUAUUUCCUGUGUUCAAAUACAGAAUGGACACACAAAACGGUAAUAAACUGCAUUAAUCUCACAGUCAUUCCAUGAAACUGUAGAUAUGAAUCAUAAGAAUACAAGGUCAAAAAAAGAGAUGUGCAAAUAUGGAUGAUGGGAGACUUUCUCAAGCCAUGAUUUCUGACCAUCAUUUUGCACAUUCCAUGUCUGUCCCUCUGCACAAGAGGAGGAAACAAGCACUUUCUUUUGCACUCCCCCUCCUCUUUGGUGCUAUUUGCACACUGCUCGUUCCAAAGGUAAAUGCAUGCAAUAUUGUAGUAAAAGCUAAUGUAGUAAUCUCUUGCAGGAGUAUUGUGGCCUUGACUUGAGAAAUGCUGUUUUCUAAAGAAUAAACAAAGCUUGAAACUGUUAA